CCAAGAUGCACCCUACACGGCUCCUUAGCCAUUUUGGUUCAAGCCCUCGAACAGGCGGGUUCGAGUGCCCCAUCGUGUUAGACGACCUUUCGGGCGCGAUCCGGCUUGUCUGACACUGAAAACGGUGCAGAGCCUAGUGGUGAGCUGGUGGUAUGUCCUACUCGCCCUUGCUAGAGGUGGCGCAGCAAGAGUAUUUCUUCACUGUCGUCGUUCGCACGUGUAUCUCCUUGAGCCUGUGCUGCUUCGUUGCAGAUGUCUUGCUUGAUUGGGGCGGUUUUGUAGCAUCGCUUCACGCAUGCAAAGUAGCAGUCAAAUCGAUGUUCUCGCCUUGUCAAUUCACGUCCUUCGAGAGAAGAAGAUCAAGUGACUUCAACAAGACCAGGCUGGCGCGAAUGGUGUAUGCGUUGGACCUGGCGCUGGUACCCUUUUCGGCUCUAUUUAUGAUGCUGGUGAUUUGCAUGUAUACAGUAAGUCCUUCCAACAUUGGUCUUGUCUUCAGGGCGGUGUUCAUGUGCGGGCGUCACUUUGCAACGUUUUACUGGGGGUACUUGAAACGUCGGUACGGUUCCUACCCCGUCGGCGGAGAGUGCAUAUUCAAAGUGGUCAUGCUGGGCAUUGCAUGUCGUGGGUACUUCGCAGACACGCAUAGUUUUCUCAUGUACGGCGGGUUGUGGAGCGCGCUACGAGUGAUUAUUGCAUUAUUGGCACUUGAUUGCAGUAUGUCUGUGAGAUGGAACAUCUACUUCUCUGCAGUGAUGUGCCUCUCUGUCUGGGAUCGGCGCGGGCAGCUACGCAUCGAUGGACAAUCUUCCAUGGCUGCGUUUUUUCACCACUUCAUGAUUGAGUUGGUUACUUGUGUACUUGUCUGCGCUGCCUCAGUAUUUCUGGAAGUUUGCGACAAGGACAUCCUCAAGGCUUCCCGAGAGUCUAGCUUGCAUCUGGCAUGUCAAAGGUUGCUCGCUGUAUUCUGCGACGCCCAGCUGCACAUCGACCCACGAUGUGGUAUCAUCUCCCAUUCUCCACAUCUUGUGAAUUUGCUGGGCGCAGAAGAUGGGACAAGAGACAUGAGCAGCACUGACAGGAGAAGCACUCUUCAUGGACGCAAUUUCCUUCAGUAUGUGGGAGAGUCCGACCAGCAGCGCUUCCAGGACUUCAUCUCGGCGACGGCGGGAUUGCAGUCGGAAGACUCAGCAGCCGAUGAUCCGAUCUUGGGCGAAUGCGCUCGGCGCCCUGCUGCUUCCAUCCAGGUGAAUCUGCGCACGGAGGGGUCGACGAACCCGAUCCCCGUGGAGCUGUUCCUGAUCUGCCUCGACGACGCCAUCGAUGCCCCCGAGCUUCUGGUCGGGAUCCGGGAGACCUACGAAGCGCUGCCGCGGGAGGCAUGCACGGAUGCCCCAGGCGUUGUGGCACUGCAGCAGCUGGCGGCCACAGCGCCCGCGCGCGAGCCCGGCCCAGAGGCGGGCAAGCUUGCGGGGGCGCCGCCGGCCAGCGACCCGCGCCGGCCGCCUGGCGCGGCGCCGGCGCUGGCCCGCGAGCAGCCGCACCGCCACCCGGUGGAGCCAGGGGCGGCGUCGCAGCCACCCGUUCAGCACGUAGGCCUGGGGUUGCGAAGCUCGCUCGCGUCGUCCUCGAGGGCCUCGUCCUCGUCCGGGAGCUGCGCGCCGGACGAGGGUUGCGUCUCGUGCAUCUGCCUGCGGCUGGACUCGGCGAGCAGCGGUCUGCCCGUCGAGGACAUGUGCCUGCGCUUCAGGGACAGAGGCCGGGCACCCCGCUUGGAGGAGUGGCUUCCAAGAGAGGCUCUGGAUGUGAUCCACAGGAACGUCCAAGAACUGGUGAAUCAGGAGGAGUAUAGGGAUGGCGAGGAGGUCACGGCGAGCGUCGGCCUUGGGGCUUUGCGGUUUUCCAGAAACGGAGCUACGUUUCUGCGGGCCGAGUGCGCAGAGCUUGCAGUCGAAGGCCCCAUGAUUGACCCACGUGAUUCAGAUGAAGAUUCCGAUGAUUUCAAUACGAUCGUACAGAUGAAGCUGACUGGGGUGUCGAAGUUUCGCAUGCCUUGGCAGAGCGGGCCGCAGAGACUCUCAGGAAGAUUGCCGCCGAUCAACGAGUCACCGACGGAAGCGGCGGGUGAUGGCUGCGCGUCGGCACCACUCAGACACAGAAACAGUGGCCUGCAGAGGAUUGCAAGAGGAGAGCGUCCGCAGCGAUGUGGGGAACGUGUCCGCGGAUGAAUGGCAGGGUCGGGGGCGCGACCGCAGAGCGAGGCUUGAUGUGAGCCAACUGUGACUCCAAUGCACUGCGCAGGUCUAGCAUCUAACAGUGCAGACCAGCUUGCUGCCUGUCACGUUCCGUCGCCUCCCGCAAAGUCUGUGGCCUGCGCUGUAACAGCGUCUUGUCCACUGGCUUCUGCCUCCUGGGCAGUUUCGUCCACCAUCUUCUCGGACAUACGCCGAUCGGCGCGAGGCCCCAGGAGCUGCCCCAGACAGUCCCAAUCGGUCACGUCAGUUUUGCGAUGCUCCCGUGGUACCAGUGGUACCAUGUGUUCCUUCUUCGGGGCGGCGACGGUUCAUCCGGCCGCGUUGGGACCUGCUGCGCUGCUGGCCUGUCGCGAGGCCCCGCGCGCCUUCUGGGGCGGCUGCGAGCUGCGCCCAGCGGGCGGGCCGCGCCCCCCCCACCGCCUCCUUCAAGGUGACCUCUCCCUCCUCCCCGUUCCCUUUCUCCAUGUAUUAUCAUGCUUCCCGCCCCCGUGAGUCCCGAUCCUUCCUGCACGUGCUCUGUCAACAUCGGCCAAUGGGCGUGUCAGCGCGUGCAUGGUUUUUCAAUGCAGCUUUCUUUUCUCAGUCCUCCGGCAUGCCGCGUUCCUCCUGCACGCGAUUCAACCACAGGCGUGACAGCGCGUGCGUUUUAUUUCACGGCUGUUCUCUGUCGGCCUCUGUCAUUCAUCGUUCCCCUUUCACGUGCUCCGCCACCCGGCGUGACAGCCCGCGCAUUACGUUUAAGUUUGAAAGCAGCGGCCUGAACGCGCUCGCCUGCCGCCGAAAUUCGACAGGGGCUUCGGUUGUCUGUAGAAUGAUUGCCUUCAGCUUACCCCGCCACCGUGUCUGGGUCGCUGGCCAGAGGCCUCUUCGCAGUUGCGCUCUUGCUCUCUUCGUUUGGGGGGUUCGCGCCCGGGGCGGGUCGAAGCAGAAUUGCAAAUUCCCCCUCUCCCAGAGAGCGGUUCCGCCUUUUCCCAUCCUUCGCUGUCCGAGACUGUGCAACCACGUCUGUGAAGGCAUUUUGCGUCUCUGCUGGGUGGCACGGCAGCUCUGUGCUGUGACAGUCCUCUGCGUCCCUUUCCUCUCGCAUUGUGUUUUCGCGUGUCCAGACCCCGCGACCAUAGAGUUACGACGGCGUCAUGUCCGUUAUGUGCACAAUUAGCCCUUCUAUUGGAGAGGCCUGACGGCCGGUGCCGCCG